AUGUCGAGUACUCAAAGUAAUGUGUUAAAUAACAUCUCUCUAAACAGUAAGCAAAAUCAUAGAUCGAUUUCUAAGACUUGCUCAAAGGGAAAAGAUGUAAAACAGAAAAACUUCAAAAUGGCUUCCACAGAGAUACUGGUGAAUACGCAAGGAGCUGGCCAUAAAGGUGAGAAUAUGAAAUCAAUGAAUUUUGCAGUUAAAAGUGGAAAUGACAACAGAAAACAUGAGUGCAGAAAUGCAACGCAGGAAAAGAAAGAGCAAGAACAAGUUUCUGAGAAGAGAGUUUCAAAGGAAGGCGUGGAAAAAAGAAGUACAAAAAAUUUAAAGAUAAGCACCCUUUUUAUAGGAAAUUUAAAACCAACUGUCACCGAGGAAAUGCUAAGGAAAAUAUUCAGAAAGUAUCAAUCUUUUGAAUCCGCUAAGAUAUGCCGUGAUUUUCUUACCAAGAAAUCGUUAGGUUAUGGCUAUUUAAACUUUAAAAAUAAAAACGAAACAGAAGCUGCAAGAAAGGAAUUCAAUUAUACAGUUUUUUUUGGCCAAGAAGUUAAAAUUAUGCCUUCUAUGAAAAAUACACUAUUCAGAAAAAAUAUUGGAACUAAUGUUUUUUUCUCAAAUUUACCCCUAGACAAUCCUCAACUGACCACAAGAAAAUUUUAUCUGAUAAUGAUCGAGUAUGGCAAUGUACUCUCGUGUCUUUUAGAAAAAAGAAAAAACAUUGGAUUUGUUUAUUUUGAUAACGAUAUUUCUGCUAGAAAUGUAAUAAAAAAAUACAACAACCAAGAGUUCUUUGGGAAUAUUAUUAUAUGUGGAAUACAUUUUGACAAAGAAGUAAGAAGCAGACCUGAAUUUACUAAAAGGAAAAAAAUGAUCGGCUCUGACAUAGUUAUCGAAGACGAGCUUUUAGCUAGUAAAAAUUUACCAGAUAAUGCUCACUUAAAAACAAUAAUAGCAAAAAAUCUACCUUCAGAAUCAACACAAGAAGAAGUACUAAAUUUUUUCAGUACAAGUGGCCCCGUGAAGUCUGUAUUCAUUUCACAGAAGCAAGCGAAUGCGCCACAUAGAGCGUUUGUCACGUAUAAAAGCGAAGAAGACUCUAAGAAGGCACAAAAAUACUUAAAUAAUACAGUUUUCAAAGGACAGACUAUUUGGGUGGGUCCUACCAAAAAUAAAUCCAUUCAUAAUAAAUCGAGAACAAGCAGGAAAACAAAAGUCUAUUUAAGGAGCUUAAGCUUCAAUUGUAAUAAAGAGUUUAUUAGCCAGCUAUGCUUGCAAGAAAGGAUACGAUUUAGCGAAAUCAAGAUUACAAACUACAAUUCAUUAAAUUGGACAUUCUCUGGAUAUAUCGAGUGCCUUUCCAGCAGCGAUGCUGAGAAAUUAUUUAAUAUUCUGGAUAGGAGACUAAUUGGAAGUAGCCUGGUUGAAGCAUCAUGGACAAAAAAUUAUGGUAACAUGUUAAAUGAGAUAGAUUAUGAAGAUAAGAACAACGAUAAUAGUUGUAGUAGCUCGAUUAAUAUCAGUCCCAUGAUGCGUUUCCACUCAAGGAACUUACCAGCUUGUCAAAUGCCCCUACCGUCACAGUUUCAGCAGCAAUUCGUUUCCCCAUUCCAACCAUAUUCAAACUCAUGUACAAACACGAACUCACCGGUAUCAACACCAAUGAAACCUCAUCCAGCAUUUGAUUUAAUUACAAAAGUUAAUGACAAAAAAAUGGAACCAGUAGCAGAAUCUAAACAAGGAAAUGAGGAAAUACUGGAGUCAUUGAAAAAAAUCAUAAACAGAAACUUACAACGCAUAAAUAUUUCUGGUUUAAAUAAGGUAGAGAACUUGCGCAGCAUUUCCGAGUUCAUUUUCGACGUAUUUUGGGAUCAUGAUUCGGAAAGACUAGCACAUUUUUUGUUAAUCACAAAUACUUCACCAGAAUCACAAGAAAUUCUGCAAAAGCAAAUAAUCAGGGCUGCUGAAAACCUUGGAUUUCCCGUUUAA